GUUUUAGAAGCUCCAUUUCAUCACCUCACCUAGCAAGGUUCAACACUUCAGAAUUACAAACAUCAAAUUCAUCCACCAGUUAACGCAAUAAACCGACUAUUCCCAUAAUUGAAAAGCGUCUACACAAACUAAACGCGCACUCCUUCCAACAUUCGCAGAAAAUAUCUAGCAUCUCCUUUCGUUUCUGUUUCUCCAUCAACGCCAUAUCCACAGAUCCAUCAUGUCGAGUACCCAAGAUAUGGAGGGCCUCGAGCGCCGCGGGUCCGACGAUGGUAAGGAUAAGAAGGACGGACGAGGCGACGACGCACCAAAGGACGGCAAUGGCAACGUUAACCGCGAUGGUGAUGCCGUGAUGAAGGAUGCCGAACCAGAAGAGGAGGAGAUUCUAGACGAGGAAACCUUAGGUCUCACCACAGAAGACCUGAAGACCCGAAAACGACUACUAGAGAAUGAUGCUAGAAUCAUGAAGAGCGAGUUCCAACGGUUAUCGCACGAGAAGGCGACCAUGGCCGAGAGAAUCAAGGAGAACGAGGAGAAGAUCGCAAAUAAUCGUCAAUUGCCUUAUCUCGUUGGUAACGUCGUUGAGCUUCUCGAUCUUGAUCCUACCGCCGAAUCAUCCGAAGAAGGCGCCAACAUCGAUCUCGAUGCCACUAGGGUGGGCAAGUCCGCCGUCAUCAAAACAUCCACUAGACAAACCAUCUUCCUACCCUUGAUCGGCCUCGUCGACCCGGAAACCCUCAAGCCGGGCGAUCUCAUAGGUGUUAACAAGGACUCGUACCUAAUCCUUGAUACCCUACCUGCCGAAUAUGACAGCCGUGUGAAAGCUAUGGAGGUUGACGAGAAACCAACCGAGAAGUACAGUGAUGUUGGUGGCUUAGAUAAGCAAAUAGAGGAACUCGUUGAGGCCAUCGUCUGGCCUAUGAAGGAGGCGGAUCGAUUCAAGAAGAUUGGCAUCAAGGCCCCCAAAGGUGCCCUAAUGUAUGGACCACCGGGAACAGGUAAAACCCUCUUAGCUCGAGCCUGCGCCGCCCAAACCGAUGCCACAUUCCUGAAAUUAGCCGGACCGCAAUUAGUCCAGAUGUUUAUCGGAGAUGGUGCUAAGCUAGUCCGAGAUUGUUUCGCAUUGGCUAAGGAGAAGGCCCCGGCCAUCAUCUUCAUCGACGAGCUUGAUGCCGUGGGCACCAAGCGUUUCGACAGCGAGAAGAGUGGUGACAGAGAAGUCCAACGAACCAUGCUUGAGCUGCUAAACCAACUCGAUGGCUUUGCCUCAGAUGAUCGCAUCAAGGUUUUGGCUGCCACAAACCGUGUCGAUGUCCUCGACCCCGCCCUAUUACGAUCAGGUCGUCUAGACCGAAAGAUUGAAUUCCCGCUACCUAACGAGGAAGCGAGAGCUCAGAUUCUUAAGAUUCACUCGCGCAAAAUGAAGGUAGACGCAAGCGUUAACUGGAACGAACUGGCUCGAAGUACGGAUGAAUUUGGCGGUGCCAUGCUGAAGGCGGUGUGUGUUGAGGCUGGUAUGAUCGCUUUGAGGAUGGGGAAAAACAAGAUCAGCCACGAGCACUAUGUGGAUGCGAUCGCUGAAGUGCAAGCCAAGAAGAAGGAGACCGUCAACUUCUACGCAUAAGUUUCUUAGGUGAAGCGAAAGGCAGUCAUGGGAUAGAGAUUGCCUUGACAGCCUAGAGGAAAUAUGUAACAUAAUUAGACGUGCCUCAUCGAAUCGAGAUGGUUCGCCGACUGCUAUCAUCUUCCCGUCCCCCCACCCUCAACCUCGACCUAUAAGUGUUGCUCGAGCUAUCAGAUCCCUAGUCGAUUCGCGUAGACAUAUCCGUACUACUUAC